CAUAACAUUACCUCCAAAACCAAAAGAUUCCAAACAGCGGCAGACAACCACCACCAACCAACUUCCUGUUUCAAGGACAUCCUCCAACAAUCCGAGGACGCAAAAACGAAAUGGCUCUCGCUCGUCAAUUACUCUCCCUCGGCUCCGCGCUCCGCCACACCAGUCGACUGGCACGCUACACGGUCACCUCCCAACCGACCAGGCAUUAUGCAGACAUGGCUUUCACCUUCGCCAGUCCAGGCGACGUAUUCUACAACAAAGCCAAGGUGAACCAAGUUGAUGUCCCCUCCAUGAGCGGUUCGUUUGGUAUCUUGCCCGACCACGUACCAACAUUAGGAGUUCUGAAACCAGGCGUUGUCACAGUCUUCGAAGACGAUGGUGCCAAGAAGUUUUUCGUCAGCAGUGGUUCCAUCACAAUCAACGAUGAUUCCUCCGUGCAGAUCCUCGCUGAAGAAGCUCACCCGGUAGAGUCUCUUGAUGCUUCUGCAAUCCGUGACGGGCUCGCUAAGGCACAGCAAGACUUGAGUGCCGCCAGCACAGACGCAGCUAAGGCCGAAGCACAGAUCGCUCUAGAAUGUUAUGAAGCCCUACAGAAAGCACUGGAAUAAAUAGACGUGUUGUUGGUAGCACUGAAAAACCAUUUGUCUUUGAUUUCCGCUGCUGCCGGUUCUGUUGUCGUUUUAGUUUGUGGAGAGAGAGGAGAGUGAUUGGAUGAAACGGAGCAGGGGGAGAUAACUCUGUAGUUUGUCAUCUUCAACUAAAAAAAAAUAAAAUAUCUCUUUUAUUAAAGAA